GGAUGGACAGGAAUGCGCGCUCGUUUCAUCCCGCGGGAGAGAGAACGAGAAAGGGCGAGACGGGGAGGGAAGAGCCGCGUUGAACGCAACUUAUAUUUUGUAGUCCUGGCCUAUCCAAAUAAACUUGCACAGCAAGCUGCAUAAAAAAUUAUUCAUUUUGUUAAAACGGGCAUAAAACGUGGAUAAUUUUAUUUGUGCAAUUAAGCCAAUUAAAGUUCUCAGUAGACUCGUUCUGUUUUUUUCUAAUUCUUGAUCACCUAAGUGGAGUCGAGUCUAAAGUUGAAUGUAUAAAUGUAUCUCAGGAGAUAAUUGGAAUAAUAUAUAUGCGAGAAAUACUUUUAUGUGCGAUAAAAACCCAAGAGAAAUCUGCAAAAACGUAAUAAUAGAUUUCUCCCGUUCAGGCAUCGCGCAACAAAAAUCUUGCAUUUUUCAUUGCAAAAAUUAAUUUUAUUGCGAAAUUGGUAAGAUUAUUUUUCCUGAUUGGCUGUGAGUUUUACAUUCGUUCUUUAUAACAAUAUGUUACACCUUCUGCACUCGGUAUGAAGUGGAUAACGUCGUAUAUUUAAACAUUGGGGAAGGAAGAAAAGAACGAAAAAGUGUAAAAAGUUCCGCAGAGAACAAACCCUUUGUCCAAUCUUCUCUACACGGAUUUUUCGAUAGAUGUCAGGAAGUGCAACAGAUAGUGUGCUUGUAUUCAGAAAGCUCUUAUAAAAAUGUUAACGCACUUUUUCCAUAUUGUUCAUCAUUGAUCAUUAGCCGUAAGGGAAUAGAAUAUAUGAAUGUCUGAACACGGGCCUUGAAUUAUUGCGCUUCCGAUUGGACAAGUGUACUAAUUAAAAAUACCAAUGAUCACUAUUCAUCAGUAAUAAGCGCGUUUUGCAAUUAGUUUUAUAGAUAAACAGAAAUUUAGAACCCAGUAGAUUUUUACAAACUUUAUUAUUCACAAGGAAAAUAUAAAACAAUGAAUUGCACCAGUAAUAUUAUGGAUUAUUAAAUAAAAAAAAGCUUUUUUCUGCUUAAUUCCAAUUAGAGCUGAAAGAAUUUGAAAUUAUAGUUAUAUAAAAAAAAUUAUGACUAUAAUUAUUUAUAAAAUUGUAAUAUAUUUCGCACAUUCGAGAAUUUUGAAACCACUGACAAACUCCAAUCGUAUGGAGUUAAAACUCCAAUUUUGACAUCGAUAAUUCCAGUUUGAAGUUUUUUUCUUUUCAUACGGCGCUGCAUUUGUAGGUAAGUUAGAUCUCCGUAUCGCGUGGCCUUUAGUUUCUCGUACCGGCAGAUGACGACUGACGACAGCGCCAUGCGCUUUCCCCGUUUAUUAUUGUUGAUGUUUCACGUUGGCUGACGUUCGAAUUCGCCGGUGAUCUCGACGAAUUUUUCGCGGAUACUCCGAUCGAGGUGAACCAAUUGGACGCGUAAUUAUGUCGAAAAUAACGGGUUACGACACGCACGACGACGGCCCAGGAUUCGUGGGCAUCAGAUUUUGCCAGGAAUGUAAUAACAUGUUGUAUCCGAAGGAGGACAAGGAGAACAAAGUGCUCAUGUACGCGUGCAGAAAUUGCGAUUUUAAGCAACUGGCGGACAGCAAUUGCAUCUACGUGAACAAAAUCAUGCACGAGAUAGACGAGCUGACACAUAUCGUCGCCGACGUGAUAUCGGAUCCUACGCUGCCGCGAACCGAGGAACACCCAUGCCCAAAGUGCAAUCACAGAGAAGCGGUAUUCUUCCAGGCGCAGACUAGACGAGCUGAGGAGGAAAUGAGAUUGUAUUAUGUGUGUACGAAUCAGCACUGCUGCCACAGAUGGACGGAGUGAGGGACGUCCGGCAUACCUAUGUUCUUCUACUCGCUAUUUGUAACUUAAUUCUUGCGUUUAGUUUUCUUUUAAGACCCAUUGGCACCAAUGUAUCGUGAUUCAAAACUCGGUUUAGCUUAUUCUCUCUAUCUUUUCCUAAAUCUUAGAAUUAGAAAAAGAUAAAAAGUUAAACCAAAUUUAAAGUUAAGCUACAUUUUGUGCAAGCAUUGGGUCCAAGCUGUACAGAGAGUUGUAUGUGUGUACUUGGAGGGGAUGCAUUGUAACGUGUAACAUGAAUAAAAAUUGUAAUAUGUAAUAAAAAAAAUUAAUAAUGAAGAG